UAGAAACAGUAAUGAGUCGGAAAUAUUAAAAGUAAUCUCAGGUUUAAUUGUUCAAAGGAUAAGUAUUACAGCAGAUGAUUGUGGAUGUGCUGCUGGAAAUGAUUUUUUUAGUCUUGGUGAAUUUACUAAAUCAGCUGCAAUAGAGCACACCUUAUGA